CACAAUCUCAACGGUGACACUUGGUCGUGUAAAAGCCACGUGCUGACUCCACAGGCCUCCACGUGUUCAUGUUCGCUUGGGGCUUUGUAUAUAUAUGUGAAGAUGGCGUUCUAUGCUCCCUCGUUAUCAAAUACCAAAUGCUUUGUACUUCGACUCGUUAUCUUCUCUAUCAGAAAAAUCUGAACGUAAUUGCUGCCAUUUCUGGGUCCCUCGAUUCGGCUAAACGGUUCUCCACUUUGACCAAGCUCAGCCCAAAAUUCACACCUUUGAGCUUCAAACCGAUUACUCCGAUCACUGGUUAUCCAGCGACGUCGUUUUCUAGCAACCUCUCUUGCGCUUCGCGAUCGGAACAUUCAAUGGCUAGCCAAUCCCACUCCGGAUCUGUUCACGACUUCACUGUUAAGGAUGCUAAGGGAAAUGAUGUUGAUCUGAGCAUCUACAAGGGAAAAGUCCUUCUGAUUGUCAAUGUUGCUUCUCAAUGUGGCUUGACCAAUUCAAACUACACUGAGCUGAGCCAAUUGUAUCAGAAAUACAAGGACCAAGGAUUGGAAAUUCUGGCAUUCCCCUGCAACCAGUUUGGAGCUCAGGAGCCAGGAAGCAAUGAAGAGAUCGUAGAGUUUGCGUGCACCCGCUUCAAGGCUGAAUAUCCCAUAUUCAACAAGGUGGAUGUGAAUGGUGACAAUGCUGCUCCAAUCUACAAGUACUUGAAGUCCAGCAAAGGUGGUCUUUUUGGGGACGGCAUCAAGUGGAAUUUUUCCAAAUUCCUUGUUGACAAAGAGGGAAAGGUUGUUGACCGUUAUGCACCCACAACUUCACCUCUCAGCAUUGAGAAGGAUGUAAAGAAGCUUUUGGGAGUUGCGUGAGUCAACUCUUAGUUCGUAAUCAAUAAAGGACGAGUUUUAGUACGAAUAAGCCUCUCUGUCCAUGUAUUUAGUGGCCCCCAUUGGUGGGGCAUAAAUAUACUCGAGCUGUAUUUUGUUUUUAUGUAUUGCUGAACCAGACUUCAUUUUGAAAUGAGACUGAUUUCGAUUGUAUAUCGAUAUACUUGUGUCCUGUGUUUUUAUGCAUAUGAGAGAGCUUGGUUGUA